GCGGCGAGGUGUAGCUGCACACGCGAGUCCCCGUAGCUGCAAGCGCGCCCGACCCGCAGCAGCUGGAGGCCCUCGCCGCGAGUGCUUGUCGCGAUGGCCGACGCCGAGGCCGACAAGCGCGCAGAGGCCGAGAUUGAAAUCUGGAAGGUCAAGAAGCUCGUCAAGAACCUCGAGGCGGCACGCGGGAACGGCACGUCGAUGAUCUCGCUGAUUCUGCCGCCGGGCAGCCAGAUCUCUCAGGCGUCCAAGAUGCUUGCCGAGGAGUACGGCACGGCGUCCAACAUCAAGUCGCGCGUGAAUCGCCUCUCCGUCCUCUCGGCCAUCACCUCGACCCAGCAGCGGCUCAAGCUCUUCUCCAAGGUUCCUCCGAACGGUCUCGUCAUCUACUGCGGCACGAUCCUGACCGACGAAAACAAGGAGCGGAAGGUCAACAUCGACUUCGAGCCCUUCAAGCCGAUCAACACGUCCCUGUACCUGUGCGACAACAAGUUCCACACCGAGGCGCUGCAGGAGCUCCUCAUGUCGGACGACAAGUUCGGGUUCAUCAUCAUGGACGGUAACGGCUGCUUGUACGGCACUCUGGCGGGCAACCACCGAGAGGUGAUCCACAAGUUCUCGGUCGACCUGCCGAAGAAGCACGGCCGCGGCGGCCAGUCGGCGCUGCGCUUCGCGCGGCUGCGGCUCGAGAAGCGUCAAAACUACGUGACCAAGUGCGCCGAGAUGGCGACGCAGAUGUUCAUCACCAACGACAAGUGCAACGUGUCUGGGCUGGUGCUGGCCGGCUCGGCAGACUUCAAGGUGGUGCUCUCCGAGUCGGACAAGUGCUCAAGACGGUGGACGUGUCGUACGGCGGAGAGAACGGCUUCAACCAGGCGCGAGCUGGGUAGUCGCGAGGCGAUUGAGCUGUCGGCCGAGACGCUGGGCAACGUCAAGUUCGUGCAGGAGAAGAAGCUCAUCUCGCAGUACUUUGAGCAGAUCUCGCAGGACACGGGCAAGUUUUGCUUUGGGAUCGACGACACGCUCAAGGGGCUCGAGAUGGGCGCCGUGCAGAUCCUCAUCGUGUGGGAGAACCUGGCGACCUUGCGGUACACGCUCAAGGACGCAAACAGUGGGGAGGAGGAGGUGAGGCACAUGUCGCCCGAGCAGGAGGCCGACAAGUCCAACUUCGUCUCCAAGGAGGGCGCCGACCUCGAGGUGGUCGACAAGGUGCAGCUGGUCGAGUGGUUCGCGUCCAACUACAAAAACUUUGGCGCGACGCUCGAGUUUGUGACAAACCGCUCGCAAGAGGGCUCGCAGUUUGUCAAGGGGUUUGGCGGGGUGGGAGGCAUCCUCCGGUACAAGGUCGAUUUCAUGGAGCACGACUACGACAACGACGACUCGGACUAGCCGCUCCGCGCGGGGAGCCACCGGGGAGCCACCGCCGCCGGACCGGCCGCGGAGGGGGACGGGGCCGCGUCCCGCCAACGGCAGCCGCGCCCGCCGUUCGCACGCCACCGGGCGGUUCCGGGACGCGGGAGCCGCGUGCCUCGACCCCUCCGACGGCGUGAUGGCGCGGUCUUCGGAGAAGAUUCAUUGUAUCUAUAAUCUAUAAUCUGUGGUGUGUCGACCCCCUCGCUGCGCAUGUCCCGGGAGACUACGUGUUGUGGCGUCCAGAAGAACGUUCACAUGAAAAAAUUACUCCCGUAUGC